AUGCACCCCAGUUUAUCUUGCCCUCUGCGGCUUAUUUGGAUUGGGCACGGCUUCACCCACUACCAAUUCUGGCUCCUUGAACGCGGCAACUGUGCAAUGGCUUGUGGAUCCAAUGAGAAGAUCGACCUCCAGUCGUGGGUGACUGGCUACUGGUCUGAUGGCUCGGUCAAAUGGACUGGACAUGCAAUUGCAGCACCUGAGAACAUCCUCGACGAAUACACUGUGACUGCUUCAAAGUCGGCCGCAUCCAUUGAGUCCAGCACGAACAGCAAAACUAAGUUCGUCGUUACCGAUACCGCAAAGAAGAUUACCCUCGACACGGGCAAACUGAAAGUGUCGUUCCCGAAAACAGGCAACAACAUCAUUGAUACGAUUCAGACUGCAAGUGGGAAGAUAAUUGGGCAAGAUGGCCGACUUGGCCUUCAGAGCCAGUUGGGUGUCGAUUUCAACUCCGAUAAUCGUAGAAGCCAGUCGAUUAGGAACCUCGAUUUCGCGAGUAAUAUCGAGGAAGUUACAGUCGAAAAGCAUAAUACCGUGCGCGCCUUGGUCACCGUCCGUGACAGGCAUCAAGUCACGAGUGGAGGGCCCCAUGAUGACUGA